UCCCCGUCCCCCCCGUCCGUCCCAAGGAGCCUCCCGAUUGGGCGCCGGGCCGGGCCCACGUCACUCCGAGUGUGACGUCUAGUCUUCCUGUUUCCUUCAGCUGUGUCUUAAAGUAAAUCUUGUGGCGGUGCGGAGCGCUGCUCGGCUCGGCCAGCCCAGCCCAGCCCUGCCCAGCCCUGCCCCGCGCCGCUCCCGCCGCCCCCGCUCCGCUCCCGCCGCUCCGCUCGCUCGGCGCCCGCCGCCGCCGCUGCCCGCGCGCACUCCCGCCCGCGCUCGCGCUCCCUCGCGCGAUUAUCAUAUUCAUCAGCGGCGGGGCUGCGGGCGGCGCGCGCGUGUCCGCGUGUGCGUGUGCGGGGCGCGUGCGGUGCUGUGUGCAUGUGCGUGUGCGUGUCGCCCUUCCUCUCGCUCCGCCGCCAAAAAAAAAAAAUAGCGAGGCUCGGUUCCGUCGCCUUUGCACCGAGGGGCAAAAUUGCAGUGACUUUAUUAGCUGAGUAGUUUUAAUUCCCCGGUAGAUAAAGCGGUAAGGAUUUGUGAGCGGUAAGGAGCCCGAUGGAGCGCUCACCGUAGCCUGCCCAGGGCUGAAGAGGUCCCAGGAUUCUUGAGCUGAGCCCAGCUGACAAGCUUUUGAAGAUGGCACAAUAACAGUCCAGUGAUGCCUGACCAUGACAGCACAGCCCUCUUAAGCAGGCAAACCAAGAGAAGAAGAGUUGACAUUGGAGUGAAAAGGACGGUAGGGACAGCAUCUGCAUUUUUUGCAAAGGCAAGAGCAACGUUUUUUAGUGCCAUGAAUCCCCAAGGUUCAGAGCAGGAUGUCGAGUAUUCAGUAGUGCAGCAUGCAGAUGGGGAAAAGUCAAAUGUACUCCGCAAGCUGCUGAAGAGGGCGAACUCAUAUGAAGAUGCCAUGAUGCCUUUUCCAGGAGCAACCAUAAUUUCCCAGCUGUUGAAAAAUAACAUGAACAAAAAUGGUGGCACGGAGCCCAGUUUCCAAGCCAGCGGUCUCUCUAGUACAGGCUCAGAAGUACAUCAGGAGGAUGUAUGCAGCAACUCUUCAAGAGACAGCCCCCAAGAGUGUCUUUCCCCUUUUGGCAGGCCAACUAUGAGCCAGUUUGAUGUGGAUCGGUUAUGCGACGAGCACCUGAGAGCUAAACGCGCCCGGGUUGAGAAUAUAAUUCGAGGUAUGAGCCAUUCCCCCAGCGUGGCAUUAAGGGGCAAUGAAAAUGAAAGAGAAAUAGCUCCGCAGUCUGUCAGUCCCCGAGAAAGUUACAGAGAAAACAAACGCAAGCAAAAGCUGCCACAACAGCAGCAGCAGAGUUUCCAGCAGCUGGUUUCAGCGAGGAAAGAGCAGAAGCGAGAGGAGCGCAGACAGCUGAAGCAGCAGCUGGAGGACAUGCAGAAGCAGCUGCGCCAGCUGCAGGAGAAGUUCUACCAGAUCUACGACAGCACCGACUCUGAAAAUGAUGAAGAUGGCAACCUGUCUGAAGACAGCAUGCGCUCCGAAACCCUGGAGGCGAGAGCCGGUGACUCUGUGGGCAGGUCGGACAACGAGAUGUGCGAGCUGGACCCGGGGCAGUUCAUUGACAGAGCGCGGGCCCUCAUCCGCGAGCAGGAGGUAGCGGAGAACAAGCCAAAAAGAGAAGGUCCUAAGGAGAAGGAGCAAGGGCCAAACGCCUUCCACCCCGAAGGCAAACACUUGGCUGAGACCCUCAAGCAGGAGCUGAACACUGCCAUGUCACAAGUUGUGGACACAGUGGUCAAAGUUUUCUCAUCCAAGCCCUCCCGCCAGCUUCCUCAGGUCUUCCCACCCCUCCAGAUCCCGCAGGCAAGGUUCGCCGUCAACGGAGAGAACCACAACUUUCACACAGCCAACCAGCGCCUGCAGUGCUUUGGGGACGUCAUCAUUCCCAACCCCCUAGACACCUUCGGCAGCGUCCCCAUGCCUGGCGCCACCGACCAAACCGAGGCGCUGCCCCUCGUUGUCCGCAAAAACUCCUCUGACCAAUCCGCCUCGGCCCCGCCGGCCGGGGGCCACCACGCCUCCCUGCACCAGUCCCCGCUCUCGGCCACCACCGGCUUCUCCACCUCCUCCUUCCGCCACCCGUUCCCGCUGCCCCUCAUGGCCUACCCCUUCCAGAGCCCCCUGGGCGCCCCCUCGGCCUCCUUCCCGGGGAAAGAGCGCGCUUCCCCCGAAUCCCUCGACCUGACCCGGGAGACCACCAGCCUGAGGACCAAGAUGUCGUCGCACCACAUGAACCACCACCCCUGCUCGCCCGCCCACCCCCCCAGCGCCGCUGAGGGCCUCUCCUUGUCCCUCAUUAAGUCCGAGUGUGGCGACCUGCAAGACAUGUCUGAAAUCUCGCCCUACUCGGGAAGUGCAAUCUACAUGCAGGAAGGCUUGUCACCGAAUCACUUGAAAAAGGCCAAGCUCAUGUUCUUUUACACCCGGUACCCAAGUUCCAAUAUGCUGAAAACCUACUUCUCAGAUGUAAAGUUCAACAGAUGCAUUACCUCUCAGCUCAUCAAGUGGUUUAGCAAUUUCCGUGAGUUUUACUACAUUCAGAUGGAGAAGUAUGCACGGCAAGCCAUCAACGACGGGGUCACGAGCACUGAGGAGCUGUCUAUAACCAGAGACUGUGAGCUGUACAGGGCCCUGAACAUGCACUACAAUAAAGCAAAUGAUUUUGAGGUUCCAGAGAGAUUCCUGGAAGUGGCUCAGAUCACGUUACGGGAGUUUUUCAAUGCCAUUAUCGCAGGCAAAGAUGUUGAUCCUUCCUGGAAGAAGGCCAUAUACAAGGUCAUCUGUAAGCUGGACAGUGAGGUCCCUGAGAUUUUCAAAUCCCCAAACUGCCUACAAGAGCUUCUUCAUGAGUAGAGAGUUCAGCAGCUAUUUAUGAAUGUAUGAAAGUAGCGGUCCCCUCCUGAUGCCCAAGUCAUGUGUGUCUCUAUUUUAAUUUCAUAUAUAUGUGUAUCGCAUACAUAUAUAUAUGUAUAUGAAAUUAGACUGAUCCCUCCUGGAUAUAAGUUUUCGUUCAGUUCCAAGGGGAUGGUUAUGUUACUUCAGCCUUUGGUUUACUUUUGCCCGAGACCCUUAACAUUUGAAGAAUCAACGGGGUUAAUUUUCAGGGAGAAGAGUUUGGAAGUGUGUAAAAGCCUGUCUUAGCAAGUUAGGGCAUUAUGUUUAAAAAUGCUUUGUCAGAUUUAUUGCUUGCUGCAAAGUGGCAUUUUGUCUUGGUGAGACUAAUGUCAUGGCACAAUACUACAGACAAUGAACUUUAUAUUAUGUUUAUACUGCUAAAGGUCUGAACUCUGUGGAGUCACUUCAUAAGCUUCGAGCUUUUUUAUUUGUAUUUAUAUACUUUUUAAUCAAUAACUAGAUUUUGUUUCAUACUUCAAAAAAAUACAUCUGUUUUAGGUACUCACUCCAAGAAGUGACACCCAAACUAGCAAACCCUAUGCUUCAUGUUUUCCUUGCAGAAAUGACAGAUACCCUGCAUCAGUAAACAACAUGCCAGGUUCUUGUUUUUCCAAACUGCAGCAAGGGAUGUUUGCACAAAUCAAAUACUGUUCUUGCAGGGUUAGGCCAGUAAUUCAUCCACAAUAUUGUAACAACCACACUAAUUUUGGAAUAUGGUCAGCUUACUAAAGCGGAAGCAUUUCACUCUCCAUAGAGUAAAAAUGAAACCUUCAGCAUCGUAUAUUGCCAUGUCUCGGUCUUACUUUAAGUGGCAUAAGUCCCUAAAUUUAUUCUUUUCUUAGUCCAUCCGGCCCCACAAGAUCCCCUUUCCAGCAUACAAAGUUCCCUGUCCAUAUCUGACAUCUGUCCUGAAAAGCACUUUUUGAAUGAUCUUAGAUGUAGUAAAGAGUCUUCACCUCAUAGUGCUGAGGCAAAGGAAAGAAAAAAAAAACAACAAAAAAAGAGGCUUGUUUGUAGCUAUAAAAUAUAAUUAGUCUUUUCCUAAUCAGAAGAAUAAAAAUUACAUUUUCAUUAAAAUCUAAUCAAGCAUUAUACAAAAAUCACAGUGUCCUCCUGGCUAUGCAGGGUUCAGAUAGCCAAAUUGGAUUUUUAAAAUUACAGUAAGUGCAGCUUUAAAAAGAAAAAAAAAAUCUAUUUGAGCAAUGUGGCUGCACUUGUCUUCUGAAGCUGGAGCUAGUGGUGACCAAAACCUGAGCUAGAGUGUAAAGUCCCUGAUGGAUCUGGGUUUGCCUGAAUGCUACACCACGAUGUGACAGAAAGAAAGAAAGAAAGCUAGCUGCUAGUUCUCAUGCUUUCUUCAAUGGCUCUCCUUUUCUCAUGUUUUCAGAAAGAAAUCAUCUCCAGAAGUUUGGGGGAAGGUUGAAUAUGCUAUGGCACACUGUAUUUGUCAUUUUCUUUGUCGUCUUUUGUACAGAUGCAGUAAGAAUUUAUUGUUAUCAUCAAUAGUAUUUUCCCCUACAUAAUUCAAUUUAAAUCUAGAGGAAGUUCCUAAUUAGCCAUGAAUUAUAUUUAGGCCAUUGAGGAUAUUGGUAUCUUCUGUAUUUUAAAAUUACAUUUUGACUUUGGAGAGUGAAAGUUUACCCAUGUGACUAAAGAGCUGACCUGAUCAUUGCAAUUUCACUUCAUUUACAAAUACUGCUGAUAGACAGAAAUGUAUGAAAGCAAUUAUUGUUAGCAGAAAGCCUUAAAAACCUGCUGACUUCAAAUUAAACAGCACAAUCCUCCGAUUCCCUGUCAUUCUUUUCAAGCACUGGCAGUAUCUGUAGAGUAUAGGCAAUGCAGACAAUAGCAUGGGAUGAAGUGCCAACAUUUUCACUAUGCAUUAAAAGCAAAACAAAUCUUGAUCUUAGACUCCCCGAGAGUACCUAAUACUGUACGUAACCUUACAGUAGACAGGAUUUAUUUUUCUUUCUUUUAUUUUCUUACAUUUUGUUUCAUUUUAUUUUCUUUUCUUUAUUUCAUCUUUCCUUUUUUUUUUCCUGUGUGUGUGCAUGAUUUGGUAAACAUUACACUUCAUAAAGAUGUAACUCCAAUGAAUUCUGAGUAAGAAAGGAUGAAAAUUGUGUUCAUGCACUUUUUUUGAUUUAUGGGAAGAAGUGGCAUAAAAUGCUCAAGUUUUAAUACAGUAAGUUCAUCAUUGGCAUCAGAUACAAAAUAUUACUUUGCAUUGUCACCCUGGACAUAAGAAAGCAAAGCCAUACUUUAAUUAUACUAUGUGGACAUACUACUAGCUACCAUCUCAACCUGUGAUUUUACCGUUGCUUUAUAUUAUUAUUAUUAUUCUAUUAUUAUUCUAUUAUUAUUAAUAUUAUUAUUAUUAUUAUUAUUUGGCUGCAAUGGGAUUCACAUAAUCUAAAUAAGUGAAAUUGUGUACUCAACACUUGAUGUUGUUGCAUUUAUUUAUUUAUUUAUGGGUAGUAUAAUCUCAAUAGUAAAUGAGGCAUAGGAAUUAGGAGUAGAAAUUUCAUCUUAAAAGCAAAAUAAAAACCUCCUUGAUCUGAAAAAGGAAUAAAUGAUAAUUUGAUAAUUUCAGUUGUGAUUUUUCUGCAUUUUAUAGCCAUAUUGCCUUUGUGCCUCCCAAUUCACCUAGAAUUACAAAUACAUGGCAUAGCUUGUACUAAAUUCUAUGUAGAAUCCAAUCCAGUUUCUUUUAAAUGAUCUCAAUAUUAUUUCACAAAAAAUGGCUAAAAGGCAGGAGGCUACUUUUGUUGUAAUGAAAGGUUUACAUAGGAAAAGAAUUUCAAAAUCCAUGUAGAAACCCCAUCUCGUCAUUCAUUUACUGCUAAUUCAGAUUUAUUUCUGCAUAUAAACUUGAGGUUAUAGUCUGUGCCUAGACCUUAAAUACACCAGCGGAAGGAUAAAAAAAAUCCUUCAAAAUACCAGUUUUUCCCCCACAAGUACAAUUGUUCUUGUGCCUUCUGUGGCUUACAAUUUUCAUCUUUUAAACUUUAUUUUUCAAUUACUACAGCUGCAAUAAACACUGACUUCUUUUUUUUUUUUCUUUUCCCAGCUGUUUGACAUAAUGUUGAUAGCUAUGCAUAUUUUGUGUCUUUUUAAAAAUUAAAAAAAUUAAAAAAAACAAAGCAGGAGAAUACGUUUUUGAAGAAGAGAAUUUUUAGAACAGUUUGAUAACGCAAAUUAUUUUUUCUCAAUUGUUUGAGCAGCAUUCGAGUUUUGAAAAUUCUUGUAGAAGCCAAUUUUUUGUAACUGUGGUGCAAAUCUUGUGUUUUCUUAGCCUGAUGAAAAGUAGUAUAGAAGCAAUAUUUCAUACGUGACAUAUGUGCAUAUACAGAUACGUAUGUGGUCACACACACAGGACAACAUGUGUGGGCAUAUGUAUGUAUAUUUACACAGAAACACACACACACACACACAAAAAUGCGUAUGAAGUGAAAAGCUUACCUUUUUCCUAUCUAGAUUAAGAACCUAUUUUAGACAUUUGUUAUGUUUUGUGAAAAGAAUGUUCUAUUUGAAACUACAAAACAUUUAAUUCUUACUGUAUCUCUGGUUGUUUAUUGGGAACGUUUCACAUUUAAUGGUAAACACGUGGAAGAUGUUAGAAUGUAGUAAUUAUUUAAGGACGUGUUCACCCAUGUAUUCCUGAGGUUUGCUUUGUGCCUCUGAGUAUUAUUUAAUUAAAGUGUUUUAAGUUUGCAGAAUCUUUGUUACUGUACCAGGUAUGUGGGUGAACAUUGAAAAUCGAGGGGAACUUUUAUAAAGCAAUGUAAAUAUUCAACCUUACGGCUGUUCUUGCAUAAAGACAUAAGAUUUUAAUAACUACAUUCUGAAAACAUCUGUUGAAUUUAUAAGAAACACUACAGUAACUGUGUAGAUAGUUGAAAGCAUUCUUGAAAAUCCAGCUCUCUACUUUUAAAAGUUAAGUCUCUUUCAUCAGAUGUCAAGGGAAUGGGUAAUACAGUUUCUGUAAAAUUGCAGAAUUUUUUCUAUGUAUAUGAAGUCAGUUAAUAGAAAAAUGUUUUUUUUCCACAGGUUAAUAUUAAUUAAGAAAUAAAGGUGAAGAUUUUGUGGCUUUAAAGAUAGGAUUUUCACCAGCAGCAUUGAAAGAUUAUACAUAUAUAUAUAUACAGAAAGAUAUAUAUAUAUAUUAAAAAUGGAAAGUGGUUUACAAAACCCCCAAAAUGAGCACUGUACAUGAGAAGUGAAAGCAAAAUCUAUAUUUGCCAUGUGUAUUAUAUAGCAAUCAUUGGUGUUAAUAGUGCAAAUGUUUCCUUCUGGUACCAACUCUGUGUUUGAAAAUUCCAAUACGCAUUGUUUUCAAAAAGCUCCCCUUAAGGAAUGUAACUGGUUUAUAUGAGUAAGCAGUUACUGUAUUGCACUUAAAUGUUCUGUUGAAGGAAAUGCAAUUUUGUUUUCUGUAGAACUGUUGGUUGUAAACCAUCUAUAAACUGAAGCUAAAAAUGCUCAUAUUUAGAGCUGGGAUGAAAACUGGUAUUUAACCUUUGUAUCUUCUUAGGAAUAUCCUUUUUAGUGUAUGAAAGGUGGUGGCACUAUGACUUUUUUCAGUCUUU